AUGGUUUGGAUUACGAUUGAUCCAAUGUCACCAUUAGAUAUAGCGCGUCGAGUUGUACUUGGAACCGAGCUGGAACACUUGGAACACGCUCCUGGACGAAUAUGGGAAGGUUUUGACAAAGCUUAUCAUACAAUUGAUGAUACGACGCGUGACAAAUUUCCAUUUUUACCUGCACCAAUUAAUAGUCUUCAACAAAUUAAAUCAUCAACAAUUGAACAAAUUCAAACUCAAGCAGAACAAACUCAUUAUGCUUAA